AUGGAGGGGGCUGCGCCUCCGCCGCCGGCCGGCCCCCCUCCGCCCCUGGGCUGCAGCGCCUCGGACCCGGGGUCUGGGGCUGCGGCGGCUGCGGGGACCUCAGCCCCGGCGGGCUCGGUGGCCGGCUCGGGCAGCCUGGCGUCCGGGGCGGCCCCGGAGCCGAGGAAGCAGCCGCAGCCGCAGCCGCAGCCGCAGCAGCAGCAUGGAGUGAAACGACACCAUCACAAACACAACCUCAAGCACCGUUACGAGCUGCAGGAGACCCUGGGCAAGGGCACCUACGGCAAAGUCAAGAGGGCCACCGAGAGGUUCUCCGGCAGAGUGGUUGCCAUAAAAUCCAUCCGUAAGGAUAAGAUUAAAGAUGAACAGGACAUGAUUCACAUCCGACGGGAGAUUGAGAUCAUGUCGUCCCUCAGCCAUCCCCAUAUCAUCAGCAUUUACGAAGUAUUUGAGAAUAAGGACAAGAUUGUGAUCAUCAUGGAGUACGCCAGCAAAGGGGAGCUGUAUGAUUACAUCAGCGAGCGGCGGAGACUCAGCGAGAGGGAGACGAGACACUUCUUUCGGCAGAUAAUCUCUGCAGUGCACUAUUGCCAUAAGAAUGGUGUUGUCCAUAGAGAUUUGAAGUUGGAGAAUAUUUUGCUUGAUGAUAACUGUAAUAUUAAGAUUGCUGACUUUGGUCUCUCCAACCUCUAUCAAAAGGAUAAAUUUCUGCAGACUUUUUGUGGGAGCCCCCUUUAUGCAUCCCCAGAAAUUGUCAACGGAAGACCGUAUCGAGGCCCUGAGGUGGACAGCUGGGCCCUGGGCGUAUUGCUUUACACUCUGGUUUAUGGGACGAUGCCCUUUGAUGGCUUUGAUCACAAGAAUCUCAUCCGACAGAUCAGCAGCGGUGAAUACCGGGAGCCCACGCAGCCUUCAGAUGCCCGAGGACUCAUCAGGUGGAUGCUGAUGGUGAACCCCGAACGCCGCGCCACCAUCGAGGACAUCGCCAACCACUGGUGGGUCAACUGGGGCUGCAGGAGCAGCGUAUGUGACUGUGACGCGCUGAGGGAUUCUGAGUCCCCGCUGCUGGCCCGGAUCAUUGACUGGCACCACCGCUCCACCGGCCUACAGGUGGAGGGGGAGACCAAAGUCAAAAGCUCGGCCAAACCGGGGGCCUCGGAAAGCACGCUGGAGAGGCAGAGGUCCCUGAAGAAGUCUAAGAAGGAGAAUGACAUUGCCCAGUCGGGCCAGGACGGGUCAGUGGAGAGCCCGUGCAAGUCCGGCUCGAAGAGGCCCAAGAGCAUCUUGAAAAAGAGAAGCAACAGUGAGCACCGGUCUCACAGUGCAGGCUUCAUCGAAGGGGUGGUCAGCCCCACGCUGCCCUCUGGUUUUAAAAUGGAGCAGGAGCUGUGUAGGGCCGGGACACCCCUGAAGAGCCCGGGGGAGACUGAGGCAGCGGGCAAACUUGGACCCAAGCAGUCGGCGACGAUGCCCAAAAAAGGCAUCUUGAAGAAGACCCAGCAGAGGGAAUCUGGUUACUACUCCUCUCCAGAACGGAGCGAGUCCUCUGAAUUGUUGGACAGCAACGACGCUGCUGAAGGCGGCAACCUCCCUUCCCCCGGUGUCCCCGACUCAGACCGGGGGGGCCCCCAUAAUCUCUCUUACCGGAGGAAGGGCAUCUUGAAACACAGUAGCAAGUACUCGGCGAGUAGCACGGACUCCACGCUCGUCAGUCCUGGGGUGCCCAUGCUGGAGUCCACGGAGGAGCGGGGCGUGCCGGGGGAAGGGCUCUCUCGGAGUUACAGCCGCCCGUCCAGCGUCAUCAGUGACGACAGCAUCCUGUCCAGUGACUCCUUUGACCUGCUAGACCUGCAGGAGAGCCGGCCAGCCCAGCAGCGGAUCCGGAGCUGCGUCUCUGCCGAAAACUUCCUCCAGAUCCAGGAUUUUGAGGGGCUUCAGAACCGGCCGCGGCCUCAGUACCUGAAACGGUACCGAAACCGGCUGGUGGACAACAGUUUCUCCCUGCUCGCGGACAUGGACGAUGUGACUCAGGUGUAUAAGAAAGCCCUGGAAAUCUGCAACAAACUUAAUUAGCGACCGACCGGGUG